AUGGGAAACUAUAACAAGAACAAGAAAGCUCAACAACAACAGGUUCAACAAUCACCAAAGAAAACCAACAACAAUAAUAAUAACAAGAAUAAUACUAACAAGAAUAAUAAUGUUAAUAAUAACAAAAAUGUUGCUGUAAAGAAUAAUAAUAAUAAUAAGAAGGUUGCAGUUGAACCAACAGUUGCAGCUAAACAAAAGAAACAACCAUUACCAAAGAUUGAAGAUGAAAACGAGCUAAAGAGAUUACUCAAAGAGAUGAUUGAAAACAACGACGAAGAUGACGAGAGUGACUUUGACGAGGACGAUUUGACCGAUGACGGUGACGAUGUUAUCGACUUUGACGAUGACGAAGAAGGUCAAGCCGUUGAAAUCGAUGAACAAGAUGAUGACGAGGAAAUCAAUCAACAAGAAUUGGAAGAAUUACAAGAUGAUGAUGAUGAUGAAGACGACGAAGAUGACGAAGACUAUGAAUCUGAAGAGGAAGAAGAAGAUGAAGAUGAAAUUUAUCAAGAAGGUGAUGAAUCAAUCUUACAAGAUGAUGGUCAAGAUGAUGAUGAAGAUGAAGAAUUGGAGGAAGACGAUGAAGAAGAAGAAUUGGAAAUGGACAAUGAAGAAUUACUUGCCAAGGUUGCUGAUGAUAUGGCUGAAACUGAUGCCAAUGACUUGUUUUCCGAAUUAAUGGGUGAAGAUGAAGAUGAUGAAUUUGUCGAUGCUCAAGAAGAUGACGACGAAGACGAAGAGGAAGAAGAAGAAGAAGAAGAAGAGGAAGAGGAAGAUGAAUUUGACUAUGGAGAAAUGCCAGAGAUUGUUAGACCAAAGAAAAGACUUCAAUAUGAUGUAGAGAUUUCAGGUAAUUCAUUUGAAGGUGUUGCCAACAUCAAGGAUAUCCUCAAACAACAAAAAUCAGAACCAAAGAAAAAACCAGCCCCACCAUUGAGAGAGUUGGAAGAACACGAAGAAACCAUGGAAACAUCUGAUCUCGAAGACGAGGCCCAUGAAAAGAAACAAGCUGAAAACUCUCUUGUCACCGUCGAACAAAAUCAAAAAUAUCUUAUUAAUGAUUCUGAGGGUAUUUUACAAAAGUUAAAUGAAUUUAAACUUACAUCAGCUGGAAUUACUCCAUGGGUACAUACUUUACAACUCACUUCAAAGAUUCCAUUAGGUGUUAAAGAUGUUCAUGAUGAUUUUGAAAGAGAAGCUGCUUUCUAUAAACAAAGUGUUGAAACUGUUGAAAUUUGUGAAAAAUUAUGUAAAGAGAAUGGAUUACAUAUUCAAAGAAAGCCAGACUUUUUUGCCGAGAUGGUAAAGACUGAUUAUCAUAUGCAAAAGGUAAAGGCCAAUCUACUCGAACACAAAAAGAGAAUUGAAACUGCAGAAAUGAUCAGACAUAAACGUCAAGUCAAGAAAUACGGUAAACAAUUACAAGUCGAGAAACAAAAGGAACGUGAGGUUGAAAAAUCAAAGAAUAUGAAUGCUGUCAAAAAUUGGAGAAAGACCACUCGUACUGAAGGAGAUGAUUUUAGUGUUGAUUUGGAUUAUGAUAAUAUUUAUAAUGAACAAAGAAAUGGAACAACUGACAAGAAUAAGAGAAAGAGAACUGGUACCGAAGAUUUGAAAAAGAAGGGUCAAAAGAGAUUAGCCAAGGAUGAAAAGUUUGGUUUUGGUGGCAAAAAGAACAAAAAUAAUGAUCAAGAAUCUGCCAAUGACUUUAGAGAUUUCAAGACAUCUAGAAACUCGGAAGAUGUUCGCAAGGCCCUUCAACAAAGAAAAGAUUCUCACAAAAAGAAUCCAAAGGGUCGUCCAGGUAAAUCCAAGCGUGUCAAUAAAAAAAGAUAA